CCCCAAAUUACGUGAACUUCUGGAUGUGGGAAACAUUGGGCGUCUGGAGCAUCGCAUGAUAACAGUGGUGUAUGGGCCUGACCUGGUGAACAUUUCCCAUUUGAAUCUUGUGGCUUUCCAAGAAGAAGUGGCCAAGGAAUGGACAAAUGAGGUUUUCAGUUUGGCCACAAACCUGCUGGCCCAAAACAUGUCCAGGGAUGCAUUUCUGGAAAAAGCUUAUACUAAACUUAAGCUGCAAGUCACUCCAGAAGGACGUAUUCCUCUCAAAAACAUAUAUCGCUUGUUUUCAGCAGACCGGAAGCGAGUUGAAACUGCAUUAGAGGCUUGUAGUCUUCCAUCUUCAAGGAAUGACUCAAUACCUCAAGAGGAUUUCACUCCAGAUGUGUACAGAGUUUUCCUGAACAACCUUUGCCCCCGACCUGAAAUUGAUAACAUCUUUUCUGAAUUUGGUGCCAAAAGCAAACCAUACCUUACUGUUGAUCAGAUGAUGGAUUUUAUCAACCUUAAGCAGCGAGAUCCCCGGCUAAAUGAAAUACUUUACCCACCUCUGAAACAAGAGCAAGUCCAAGUAUUGAUUGAGAAGUAUGAACCCAACAACAGCCUCGCCAAAAAAGGACAGAUAUCAGUAGACGGAUUUAUGCGUUAUCUGAGCGGAGAAGAAAAUGGAGUCGUUUCACCUGAGAAACUGGAUUUGAAUGAAGAUAUGUCUCAGCCCCUGUCUCACUAUUUCAUUAAUUCCUCACACAACACCUACCUCACAGCUGGCCAGCUGGCUGGAAACUCCUCUGUUGAGAUGUAUCGCCAAGUGCUUCUGUCUGGUUGUCGCUGUGUGGAACUGGACUGCUGGAAGGGAAGGACUGCAGAAGAAGAACCUGUCAUCACCCAUGGAUUCACCAUGACAACCGAAAUAUCCUUCAAGGAAGUGAUAGAAGCAAUCGCGGAGUGUGCAUUUAAGACUUCACCUUUUCCAAUUCUCCUUUCAUUUGAGAACCACGUGGAUUCCCCAAAGCAACAAGCCAAGAUGGCGGAAUAUUGCCGACUGAUCUUUGGGGAUGCCCUUCUCAUGGAGCCACUGGAAAAAUACCCACUGGAAUCUGGAGUCCCUCUUCCAAGCCCUAUGGAUUUAAUGUACAAAAUUUUGGUGAAAAACAAGAAGAAAUCACACAAGUCAUCGGACGGAAGUGGCAAAAAGAAGCUCUCAGAGCAAGCCUCCAACACAUACAGUGACUCCUCCAGCGUGUUUGAGCCCUCCUCUCCAGGAGCUGGGGAAGCUGAUACGGAGAGUGACGACGACGACGACGACGAUGACUGUAAAAAAUCUUCAAUGGAUGAGGGGACUGCUGGGAGUGAAGCCAUGGCCACAGAGGAGAUGUCUAACCUGGUGAACUAUAUUCAGCCAGUCAAGUUUGAGUCAUUUGAAAUUUCUAAAAAAAGAAAUAAAAGUUUUGAAAUGUCUUCCUUCGUUGAAACCAAAGGACUUGAACAACUUACCAAAUCUCCAGUGGAAUUUGUAGAAUACAACAAAAUGCAACUCAGCAGGAUCUAUCCAAAAGGAACACGUGUGGAUUCAUCCAACUACAUGCCUCAGCUCUUCUGGAACGCGGGCUGUCAGAUGGUGGCUCUUAAUUUCCAGACAGUGGAUCUGGCUAUGCAAAUAAACAUGGGGAUGUAUGAGUACAAUGGGAAGAGUGGCUAUAGGUUAAAACCAGAAUUCAUGAGGAGGCCAGACAAGCAUUUUGAUCCAUUUACUGAAGGCAUCGUGGAUGGAAUAGUGGCUAACACUCUGUCAGUCAAGAUUAUUUCAGGUCAGUUUCUUUCUGAUAAGAAAGUUGGAACUUACGUGGAAGUGGAUAUGUUUGGUUUGCCUGUGGAUACAAGGAGGAAGGCAUUUAAGACCAAGACAUCCCAAGGAAAUGCUGUAAAUCCUGUAUGGGAAGAAGAACCUAUUGUGUUCAAAAAGGUGGUUCUUCCUUCUCUGGCCUGUUUAAGGAUAGCAGUUUAUGAAGAAGGAGGUAAAUUUAUUGGCCACCGGAUCUUGCCUGUGCAAGCCAUUCGGCCAGGCUAUCACUACAUCUGCCUGAGGAAUGAGAGGAACCAGCCGUUGAUGCUACCAGCUGUCUUCGUCUACAUAGAGGUGAAAGACUAUGUGCCAGAUACAUAUGCAGAUGUGAUUGAAGCCUUGUCAAACCCAAUCCGAUAUGUAAAUCUGAUGGAGCAGAGAGCUAAGCAACUGGCUGCUUUGACACUGGAAGAUGAAGAAGAAGUGAAGAAGGAGGUUGAUCUUGGUGAAACACCCUCAGAGGCUCCAAGUGAAACCAGGACAACCCCAACAGAAAAUGGGGUGAAUCACACUACGUCCCUGGCACCCAAGCCACCCUCUCAGGCUCUGCACAGCCAACCAGCUCCAGGUUCUGUAAAGGCACCUGCCAAAACAGAAGAUCUUAUUCAAAGUGUCUUAACAGAAGUGGAAGCACAGACUAUUGAAGAGCUUAAACAACAGAAAUCAUUUGUGAAACUUCAAAAGAAGCACUACAAAGAAAUGAAAGACCUGGUUAAGAGACACCACAAGAAAACCACGGACCUGAUCAAAGAACACACUACAAAGUAUAAUGAAAUUCAGAACGACUACUUGAGAAGGCGGGCAACUUUGGAAAAGACUGCCAAAAAGGACAGCAAGAAAAAAUCAGAGCCCAGCAGUCCUGACCAUGGCUCGUCUACCAUUGAGCAAGACCUUGCUGCCCUGGAUGCUGAAAUGACCCAAAAGCUGAUAGACUUGAAGGACAAGCAACAGCAGCAGCUGCUUAAUCUUCGGCAAGAACAGUAUUAUAGUGAAAAAUACCAGAAGCGAGAACAUAUUAAACUGCUUAUUCAAAAGUUGACAGAUGUUGCUGAAGAAUGUCAGAACAAUCAAUUAAAGAAGCUCAAAGAAAUCUGUGAGAAAGAGAAGAAGGAAUUAAAGAAGAAAAUGGAUAAAAAGAGGCAGGAGAAGAUAACAGAAGCUAAAUCUAAAGACAAAAGCCAGAUGGAAGAGGAGAAGACAGAGAUGAUCCGGUCAUACAUCCAGGAGGUGGUGCAGUAUAUCAAGAGGUUAGAAGAAGCACAAAGUAAACGGCAAGAAAAACUUGUAGAAAAACACAAGGAAAUUCGCCAGCAGAUCCUGGAUGAAAAGCCCAAGGGGGAAGGUUCCUCCUCAUUCUUGUCGGAAACUUGCCAUGAGGAUCCCUCUGUUCCCCCCAACUUAACUCCCCCCAACCCUCAAGCUCUCAAGUGGUGACCACCGUCCUUCCGGCCAGGUAGGACUAGAUGGGAGGGGUCGCUUUUGAGAGAAGGGUGGUGUGUGGCCAUCCGAUUUUCAGGCAUCCUGGUCUUGCUCUUUUGGUUUUA